UCUGCAGGAAACAGUAUUCGUCCAGCUGUUCUGACUUCCGCUUCAGUGCCGAGCGAGAGACAUCAUUCAGGACGCAUCCGACUCGGAUCAAAAACAGUCAGCGGGACUAUAAACGCGCUUCUUCCAAACGGGAAUCGACAAAAGCAAGAUCUCUGAGAGGGAGCCAGAGAGGGAGGAGCAGCUCGACCCCAGCAUGCCCCCUAAAUUUAAACGGCAUCUGAAUGAUGAAGAGGUCACUGGUUCCAUUCGCAGUGAGCGGAGAAACCUUCUAGAGGAAGACUCGGACGAAGAGGAGGACUUUUUCCUGAGAGGACCAACAGGACCAAGAUUUGGAGGCCAAAAUGACAAAAUUAGACAGGUGCAGUCUCAGGUUGAUGAGGUCAUUGACGUCAUGCAGGAGAACAUCUCCAAAGUGAUUGAACGUGGGGAACGGCUGGAUGAGCUGCAGGAUAAAUCUGAAAGCCUAUCGGACAAUGCAUCGGCGUUCAGCAGUAGAGCCAAGCAUCUUCACAGAAGGAUGUGGUGGAGAGACAUGAAGAUGAAAAUGAUUAUAGCGCUGGUGGUUGUCAUCCUUCUCCUCAUCAUAAUCAUUCCUGUGAUCUUGCGGUAUCGCUAGUCUCUGGCAGGGAGGUUAGAGGCAUGAUGUACUCUUCCUCCCUCCUCUCCCUCGUCUUUCUGCUGUCAUUCCUCCGUACCAGAGGGGGCGCUGCAUAGGGUUGGGCUGCCCACUGUAUUUGCCUAUUUUGGUAGAGUCUGGAAACAUAACAAACAGGGGCAGAGUUUACAACGCUGGUGCAGACCAAUCUCUUGUAUGCGCACAAACACAAUGGUUAUUUUGUUGUACAUGCGUUCAGUAAGACUAAAGAAAAUUAAAGAUUUACUAUACACAAUGAAACAUGGAGAAAAAAAUGUUAGCCCUGCAUUCUGGUGGUAUUUCGAUGUCCUAUUUAUAGUUAAUUAGACGUUAGAGCCGUUCCGCUUACACCAUAAUACACACGUUUAUCAAUUAAACUGGAUCCAUUUCCCACAAAGGUAGGUCUAGAAAUACUGUCUUCUCAGGUGGGUGGGGCCAAACGGGAAACCUGAUGAUGUCACACUGUACCAUGGCUGUGAUGUCAUCAUUUGUAUAACUCCUGUAAGUUUUAACAUGGGCAAAACAUUGGGUAUAAUUCAAGUUAGUCUGAAAGGCAACAAGUAAUGUUACUUAAUAUUUGCUGCUAUUACUUGCUGUAAUGUUGUUUGCAUAUUUGGCAACAAAGUUUUAAUUGACUGUGGUUAAUUGUGUUGAGUUGGUUAUUAUUUUAUAUAUGAAGGAAUUCUUAUCGGCAUUUUUAACAGUUUAUCAUGCUUGUAAAAUGGAUUAUGUAAAAAUUGUAGUUAUCUUCACUGGUCACUGGUGUAAUUUUAACAGCUUGUUAUAGGUGAGUAAUGUAAUAGUUGUGUGUGAUGAUGAUUUGGUUGACUGUUGCUGAAGGUGACCUGAACACAUCUGUACAUUUGGUUUAAUCCAUAUUAUUUUACUGAUUUUUAUUUUUUUUUGGUUUUGUUAUAUUUAUUUGUAAAUAUCUAUUCCCUAAGUCAGUCGGCACUGGCUUUCCAUUGGAAGACUGUGAAAUAAUCUUGCAUUUAAAAUAAAGCGAUUUUAAAGGGCAUCUGAUCGGAUUCAUUGCGUUGGAAUUGAGGUGUCUUCAGUCCUGGCGUGAUAUGACAGGAUUACAGCAAGAAGCAAUAUAUCAAACAAUACAGGACUCGACGAUAACAAAAAAAAGAAUUUUACUUCAAUGCUUUUGUGUUCAGUCUCCCCAAGAAACUUUGCGAAUGCAUUAGU